GCUGGAGUGCCGCGGCCGUUGUGUGAGCGCGUGCGUGUGGCAGGAGGGGGCGGGGCGUGUGCUGCUGCUGUUGCUGGUGACGCCAUCGGCGGCAGAGAAGGCUUGACAGGCCGCGCGGGGCUCCGUCUCUCUAUUUUCCCCCUUUGGAAGCGGAUUCCGGCGAGGCGAAGGGGGCCGUGACUGAAGGUCGUCGUCUUUUCCUCUCUGAGCGAGCGAGCGAGCGAGUGAGCGAGACAACAUGGCCGAGGUGGAGAGCCAGUUCGGGGCCACGCAGAACGGGCACGAGGCGGCGGCGGGGGCGGAAGGCUCCGCCGGAGGAGGCGGCGGCGGCGGCGGAGAGGAGCAGAAGCAGCCGGCGGCCCAGCAGCAGCAGCCUGACCCGCAGCCCCUGGGAGAGGAGGACGAGGACGCGGAGGAGGACGAGGACGACGAGGAAGUGGUGGCGGCGGCAGUGGUGUCCGACGCCGGCGAAGGCGAGGGCGAGGAGGCCGCCAAAUCCGCCGCCCCGGCCGAGGCCGCCGGGAGCCAGAACGGGGCCGAAGGCGACCAGAUCAAUGCCAGCAAGAACGAGGAGGAUGCCGGGAAGAUGUUUGUUGGUGGCCUCAGUUGGGAUACAAGCAAAAAAGAUUUGAAAGAUUACUUCACAAAAUUUGGUGAAGUGACUGACUGUACAAUAAAGAUGGAUCCUAAUACAGGCAGAUCAAGAGGUUUUGGAUUCAUUCUCUUCAAGGAAGCAGCAAGUGUUGACAAAGUUUUGGAGCAGAAAGAACAUAAGUUAGAUGGACGUGUAAUUGAUCCUAAAAAGGCAAUGGCAAUGAAAAAGGAUCCUGUGAAAAAAAUAUUUGUUGGUGGACUUAACCCAGAAGCAGCCGAAGAAAAGAUAAGGGAAUAUUUUGGAGAAUUUGGAGAGAUUGAAGCAAUUGAGCUUCCAAUGGAUCCAAAGACCAAUAAAAGAAGGGGUUUUGUGUUCAUCACAUUUAAAGAAGAAGACCCAGUGAAGAAAAUAUUGGAGAAAAAAUUCCACAAUGUCAGUGGUAGCAAGUGUGAGAUAAAGGUAGCACAGCCAAAAGAAGUAUAUCAGCAGCAACAGUUUGGUUCUGGAGGCGGCCGAGGAAGAGGUGGAAGAAGAGCUCAAAGUCAAAAUUGGAAUCAAGGUUAUGACAAUUACUGGAACCAGGGUUAUGGGAGUCAAGGAUACGGCUAUCAGCAAGGUUAUGGUGGCUAUGGAGGCUAUGAUUAUUCAGGAUAUGGGUAUUUUGGAUAUGGACCGGGCAGUGAUUACAGUCAAGGUGGUUCAAAUUACGGGAAGGCUCCAAGACGUGGUCAUCAGAAUAACUACAAGCCAUAUUGAUCAAAGGUAUUCAGGUAUGCAGUGGUGUGCUCUAAGGGAGGAAACUACUGCAUAGGUUUUGUACUCAAUGCUGUAGAUGGACAUUACAAUUAUGUACCAAAA